AUGAGGGGUGAGGUCAGACCGGGGUGUCAGGGGAGCGAGCAGGAGGCCCCCACCAGACUUCAGUUGCCCGACCGGGAGCCCCAGCAGGAGGCAAUUUCCAGCAGUUCAGCCGCUUCAAUCAGGAAAUUCUUUGACAAGGAUAAAAAGCAGGCCAACCCUGGAGACCUGAUCGAGACCAAAGGUUAUUUGUUUAACCACUGGGCUGUUUAUGUUGGUGGUGGAAACGUUGUUCACUUCACAAAACCCGGGGGAGGAUCAGGCUCCGUCAGCGGUGGUGGUGGUGGUUUUGUUGGUGAAGGCAAAGUGUUGAAAGAGAAACUGGAGGACGUGGUGAAGGAGGACAAGUGGAUAAUCAACAAUCUCCUGGAUCAUAAAUACACACCUCGUCCAGCUGAUGAGAUCGUGAAGAAUGCCUGUUCAAUGGUGGACACAAACCUGCAUUACCACCUGUUGGACUACAACUGUGAACACUUUGCCACUGAGAUGCGCUACAACAAGCGUGAGAGUCAGCAGGCGGAGAACAUAAAAGCAAAAAUUGGAUUAGCAGCAGUAAAAGUAUGCAGAUAUGCAGCGCGAGUAGCACUGGGAGAAUCAGCAUCUCGAUGA